AUUACUAGUUAUAAAAAGCUUCAAGUUUUAUACUGUCUCUCACACAACUCACUACUGAAUUCACAAUAAUCUUGAAACCAUGUCAACUUCUUUAAUUAUCCUCCCUCUUCUCUUUUAUCUGUUGGCCUUGUUCUCCUUUACAGAUGGGACACAAAUGAUACUUGUGAACAACUGCCGUGAAAGGUUAUGGCCCGGAAUACUAGGCGGUGCCGGUCAGCCCACUCCUAAUGAUGGUGGUUUCAAACUUGACAGUGGCGAGGAAGUAGUUCUUGAUUUGCCUGAAAAGUGGUCUGGGAGGAUUUGGGGUAGGCAAGGAUGUAACUUUGACAGUAAUGGGAAAGGCUCAUGUGACACUGGAGAUUGCGCUAGCCAGCUUCAUUGCCAAGGCGCUGGUGGUGUUCCCCCAGCAACUGUGGUUGAAAUGACACUUGGUUCAUCUUCUUCACCUUUGCAUUUCUAUGAUGUGAGCUUAGUUGAUGGCUUCAAUUUACCUGUCUCAAUGAAACCUGUUGGUGGUGGAAUUGGGUGUGGCGUCGCGUCAUGUGACGUUGAUGUGAAUAUUUGCUGUCCAUCAGCACUGGAAGUGAAAGUAAGAGACAAGGUGGUCGGGUGCAAAAGCGCCUGCUUGGCUAUGCAAUCGGCUAAGUAUUGUUGCACAGGCGAAUACGCAAACCCAAAGACCUGCAAGCCAACACUUUUUGCUAAUCUGUUUAAGGCUAUUUGCCCAAAGGCCUAUAGUUAUGCAUUUGAUGACUCUUCCAGCCUUAAUAAAUGCAGGGCUUCACGGUAUGUCAUCACUUUCUGCCCUCCCAAAUGAGAAAUGACACAAGGGAAAUAAGGGUGCGGUUAUGGCUCCACAAGGAAGUCAAAAGACAUAAGGCAUUACAUUAGUGAUGGAACGUCCCAGUAAUUUUUAGUUGAUUUAUGUACUGUUUUCAGUUUCUUUUUUCUUUUUCAUUCAUGGAUGAUAGAAUUUUGAAGAUCUUUCAGUAACAGAUGGAGGGUGAAUUAAGGAAAUGGAUAAUACUAGUUUUUUCUCUUUUGGGCAUCCUUGUUGAUUGUGCACACACAGUAAUUC